AUGAGGCCGCCGGAAGUGGUGUUCGUCGCGGCCUUGGUGGCGGUGGCGGCGGCGGCGCUGCUGGGCGGGGCGGCGGCGGCGUUCCCGGCGGCGCUGACGCUGGAGCGCGCGCUGCCGCACAGCGGGGUGCCCGCGGAGCACCUCAGGGAGCGGGACAGGGCGCGGCACAAAGGGAGGGGGCUGCUCGGGGGCGGGCCCGCGGUCGCCGGCGUCGUCGACUUCCCCGUCGAAGGCUCCGCCAACCCCUACAUGGUCGGGCUCUAUUUUACACGUGUAAAAUUGGGAAACCCUGCGAAGGAAUACUUUGUCCAAAUUGACACUGGCAGUGAUAUCUUGUGGGUUGCUUGCAGCCCUUGCACAGGUUGCCCAACAUCAAGUGGGCUCAAUAUCCAAUUGGAAUUCUUCAACCCUGAUUCUUCAUCAACAUCAUCCAGGAUACCAUGCUCAGAUGAUAGGUGUACAGCUGCUCUCCAGACAGGGGAAGCACUCUGCCAACCCUCAGACUCCCCAAGCAGCCCAUGCGGUUACACUUUCACGUAUGGUGAUGGAAGUGGCACGUCAGGAUACUAUGUGUCCGACACUAUGUAUUUCGACACUGUCAUGGGGAAUGAGCAAACUGCCAAUUCUUCUGCCUCCGUCGUUUUCGGAUGUAGCAACUCACAGUCAGGUGACCUGAUGAAGGCAGAUAGGGCAGUUGAUGGAAUUUUUGGGUUUGGACAGCAUGAACUGUCUGUCAUUUCACAACUGUACUCUCUUGGUGUAUCCCCUAAAACAUUCUCCCAUUGCCUGAAAGGUUCAGAUAAUGGUGGUGGUAUUCUUGUCCUUGGUGAAAUCGUCGAACCAGGAUUAGUAUUUACUCCACUUGUUCCAUCACAGCCUCAUUAUAACUUGAUUCUGGAAAGCAUUGCUGUUAGUGGUCAAAAGCUACCCAUUGAUUCUUCCUUGUUUGCAACAUCAAACACACAAGGAACAAUUGUGGAUUCAGGAACGACAUUAGUAUACCUUGUCGAUGGUGCUUAUGAUCCAUUUAUUAGCGCGAUAGCUGCCGCAGUCUCUCCAUCUGUACGCUCUGUUGUCAGCAAGGGGACACAAUGUUUUGUUACGAGCGGCAGGUUUUCCUCUUUCUCUGUUGUUGAUUCGUCAUUUCCUACGGCAACACUGUAUUUUAAAGGUGGAGUUGCAAUGACAGUGAAGCCAGAGAACUAUCUUUUGCAGCAGGCUACCAGUGAUAAUAAUGUAUUGUGGUGCAUUGGCUGGCAAAGGAGCCAGGGAAUCACUAUACUUGGAGAUCUUGUUUUGAAGGAUAAGAUAUUCGUGUAUGACUUGGGAAACAUGCGCAUGGGCUGGGCGGACUACGACUGUUCGUUGUCGGUCAACGUCACCUCCUCAUCGGGGAAGAACCAGUACGUGAACACGGGGCAGUUUGACGUGAACGGAUCGCCGCGGCACUACAGCGGUCUGGUGCCUACCGUUGUCGCCGUCGCCCUUGUGCAUAUGCUCAUUUUUGGCGCCCUAUUUAGUAGAUAG